UACUUUUAUAAUGAAAAUCGAGUCCUUGGUCAAGGAGGCCAAGGAACUGUUUAUAAAGGAAUGCUAACAGAUGGGAGUAUUGUGGCUAUUAAGAAAUCUAAAAUGGUGAAGGGCAAGAAAUUUGACGAAAAGAAGGUUGAACAAUUCAUCAACGAGGUAAUAAUUUUAUCUCAAAUUAACCAUAGGAAUGUGAUGAAGCUUUUAGGAUGCUGUUUAGAGGAUGAAAUUCCUUUGCUGGUGUAUGAGUUCAUCCCAAAUGGAACACUCUAUGAUCUCAUUCAUUACCAAAAUGAAGAAUUUCCACUGACAUGGGAAUUGCGUUUACGGAUUGCAAUUGAAAUCGCCAAUGCUUUGUUCUAUUUGCAUUCAGCUGCUAAUGUUCCUAUUUAUCACCGGGACAUCAAAUCAAGCAACAUACUUUUGGAUGAUAAAUACAGGGUAAAAGUGUCGGAUUUCGGGACUUCGAGAUCUUUUGCAAUUGAACAAACUCAUUUAACUACUCGAGUUCAAGGCACUUUUGGGUACAUGGAUCCAGAGUACUUUCGAUCGAGUCAAUUUACAGAGAAAAGUGAUGUGUAUAGUUUCAGAGUUGUUCUUGUUGAACUUUUAACAGGACAAAAACCCAUCUUGGAACAAAAAGAGGAAGUGAGAAGCUUGGUGUCGUGCUUUCUGCUUUCACUGCAGGAGAAUUCCUUCUUCGACAUUCUCGAUUCACGUGUACUAAAUGAUGGUCCAGAAAAAGAAAUUAUAGCAGUGGCUAAACUAGCAAACAGAUGCUUGAAUCUUGAUGGAAAGAAAAGACCCACCAUGAAACAAGUAGCAAUGGAGUUGGAGUUGAUAAAAGCAUCAGAAGAAGGUAAUGUUAAUGAACAGAGUGGUGAUGAAGAAUCUGAAAUAGAUGACAUUGAAUCCCAGGAUGAUGUUUCUUCCUUUGCAAUUCAGUGGAAUGCUUCUCUAAUUGUUCUUCGUCUUCGAAUUCUGAUGCCGCAAAUGGAAGUAAAAAUGAGAGGUUCUGGUUACUGCAAUUACCAAUCAUUGUUGCAGAGAUUGCCUUUGCCUGGUGAUUAUGAUAUCGUUAACUGCAGUCUUAUAUAUCGGAUAAAGGUUGAAUAA